UCUCUGAAUUACAAAUGGCGGCGAGGAUCAAUAGCUAAAUUCUCCGACAAUAGCAUUCUAAUAUACAGACCGUGUAAACAUAGCGUUUAAGAUACAGUUUAUCAAUGCAAUUCCAUUUUUAUUAGCGCAUAUUGGUAUUAGUAAAGAAAAAGCUAUAGCCCAUGUGUUAUAAGGACACCUUCUUUAUAGUGAAUUAUACCAUGUGGUCCGCCUUCCGAUAGAAUUUUUUUUCUCCGCGAAUCAAGGAUAGUCGUAUUCUGACCAGGUUGUGCGAAGACAACAUCAAAUGGCAAAUGGGAUUUGACGGCCGAGCCUCGAUGCACGAAAGUCGAAGACAUUCUACCGUGUUAUACGAUCGCCAAAGAAGAGGAAAAGGAAGAAAAUUAUUGAAAUUCGCCAAGUAAAAUCAAUACACGGGUUUGGGAGCCGGGAAGAUUCUUUUCCCGGUCAAUAUGGGGAGAUCAGGCUUUCUAAAAGAUGUACGACAGAUAAUCAGGGGACUUAUUUAGAACGGAAUUCGUGGAAUCAAUGGUACUAGCGUAUGUUUUCGUUUUCAAUGUCGCAGCCAGCCAAUUCUACUUAACAUGGAUAUAUCGUGUACAAUCCUGGAUUCUGUCGAUUACAGCACUAUGUAUCAACCAGUCUGUGUUUGUCGGAUUUGUGUGGUUUCUAUUUGCAUACAUCCUUUACAAUGUCAGUGGAGCCAAAGGCUUGUUACACUUCCUGUCACGCGGUAGGGAGAAGUUAUUAUUUUGUGUGAUGGGGAAUGACACCAGCAGUAUCCCCUCAGAGGCCACGACCCCCGUCUCCCCCUCCUCGGAAUGGCAGUCCGUCUACUCCAUUGGGUCCAAAAGACGGUCCUCCGUUUCCUCCACGAGACUUCCGUCUCCAUCAGAGCCACCGGAACCGGAUCUUAGUCAUCUAUCAGAGGAUGAAAUCCGGACCAUCCGGUCCGUCAUUGGCCGGGCCAAGACCAUGCAGCAGGAGGAACAGCAGAGGAUUAGAGAACUGGAGGAGGACUACAUUGCGCAUGCUACAUCGGUCGAACAGAGGGCGCUGUCGGUGGAAGUGGAGAAACCAGAAGUCCAUUUAUGUCCAAUCUGCCUUAAAAACGAGCUCAGUGUUGAGGAACCCCCUGGGGUUCGCUCGGGUCAAAAUAUAUGCAAUGACUGUGGGGUCCUGACCUGUAAUGAUUGCGGGGCCUUUCAGGGGUCGAUGACGUCAAAGCUCCAGGAAUGGGUGUGUGUUGUUUGUGGAAAGAGAAGAAAACUGGUGUUCAGUACCGGACUGUGGCACCCCGGGGUCGACCCAAAUGAGGAGGUACCCCUGGAGAGAGAGCUGCAGUCACAACUAGAGAAACUUAAGACGGAGGAAAAACCCAAACCUCCGUUGGAAAAAGCCAUUUCCACAGACCAAGCGCCAAAAAGACCGCCACUACCUCGGCAAAAAUCACUUCCGGUUCCCGCCAUUCUUCCCAAAGUCACGGAGAAGACAGUGUCACCUCAGCAAAAGGACGCGAGUCAGAGCAGCCUAUCUGGCCGGAGUGACACCAAUGUUCCCGAGGGUUCGGAGUCCGAGGACUAUGCAACAUUGCCGACAAAACCAAACUCUAAGUUUGGCUCCGCUCUGUGGAACAUGAUGGGAAGCUGUGCUAGGGGGCCUAUGGGACGAAGUGUGCGCUCGCGUAGUGAUUCCGAAUCAUCGGAUGUGACGUCAGAUGUUGAUAUGGUGGACGUAUCUAUGCAAUAUCAACAGGGAGAUGCUAUAAGCCCUGAUGACGGAAGUGAUGACUACUCCAUGAUGAGUAUCGGAAGCAGCGGAGAGGACAGUCUAAAACGAAGACCAAAACACCGCCCAAGAUCUCUCAGCAUCCCGAGAUCCCAAAGUGCUACGUCAUCUGAUGACGAGACUUCCGACAGCAAUGUCAGUACAGAUACAGAGUGUCGUCUGGCGCAUCUAGACGGAAUGGACGGUGAACUCGUGGCCAGAGCUGCGUCUGCGUUCGCAGAAGAAAUGGAGGACUUUAAAUCACAUGAUCCUUGGAAAGAGCUUCAAAUAAAACCGGAACCGGAAAUUCAUGAGGAUAUGAAAAAACGAAGUCCGUAUGCUCCGCGUAGUCCCAGUUGGAGAGAGGGACUGGAAAGUCCGCCCUUCUCACCGCGACGCCGUGACUCAUAUCCGGGAAAGAAACGAGGUUCUCCGACCCGAUCACCAAAAGAUCGGCAUCAUUUCACAUUCCCCGACACAACGUCCCCUAACGCCAAACAGCCCCAGUCCGAGACGGACGCACUGUUUGAGGCGGAAUACGCCGAGGAACCACCACAGUUUGUUCAUUCGGUGCAUUCUCUCGAGGAUAAGGACGCGCAUGGCUACACUGCUUCUAAUUACGGCAAAGAUCGACAAAAAGAUCAUUCCGGCAUUGUAGAAUAUGAGUGUGAACCAAGAAUUAUUGCGCGAAUUCCCGAGUCAACCGCGUGCAUGGAUUUAGCAACAUAUGCGGCAACCAUUGCCAGUAACACAGCAAACUUGACACAAAUGUCUGUUUCUCCCACAAACCUUAAUGCUCAUGAUCGUGAUCGUAUGAUAUCCCCCGAUUCCCAGGGAAGCGUCUCCCCGAUAUCCCCCGGAUACUAUGAACACGGAACUAUUCCAGAGGAAGACGAAGAUGAGGAAGAGAUCGAGCUCGCUGAUCCUUCGUCGAAAUCCAUUGAUUACCAAGGUUCUAAACGUCAAAAAGUUAGACCCCCUUCUACAGACUGGUCCCCUGUGAUUGACCUUUCACCCAUUCUGGACGUGUCACCCUCCAUCGAGGAGGCGGAACAGGAAGACAUGCUGGUCAUGCAGGAGCAGGAGCGAAGGAGGCGAGAGUCCCAAGAGGAGGAUACUUCCGGUGAUGAAUCAAAACAUUAUUUUCAACCCGUAAAAGAGGAGGACGACUUGAAAUCGUUCUAUGGAUUAAAACGUUAUGAGCGCGUGGAAGAUAUCUGUAAGCUAUUGGAUAUACCUGCUAGUGAGUUUGAGAACAUUCAAACGAGCGCGGAGCCACAACCUAAUGUUCCUGUUGUUACCACUGCUGAUUUAUGUAAACCCUCUACCACCACGACAGAACAAGCUAUUCCUAGUUCUGUCUCUUCGAUUAUCACUGCUAAAGAUGCUCCUGCCAAAGAGAAUAAAACCAAACUAAACAAUUCAACUGUUGUUAGUACCUCACGUGCAAAGCCCGAUAGUAUUGAUGGAGCCUCGCCGAGUUCAGAUAAAUCUGACGGGAAAAGUGACGGGAAAACAAAGGACAGCAAGACGAGGCGGAAACUUCCAGAACCCACUGCCGACAUGAUAGCUCAACAUUCUAGAAAGAAGAAACCUUUACCGCCUCUACCACCUACUACACUACAGAGGGAACCAGAAAGUGACAAGAAGAAUAAGAACUACGCCACGGUUAUUAUACCAGAGCGAAAAUUCACGUCUGCUGCUUCAAAGUCAUUGACAGAAGCACAGCCCACCAAGUCAUUGAAAGACCAAGUUCAAAAACAAGAUUCAGAAGAACGCCGACGAAGAGCGAAAGACCUAAAAGCCAAACCGGAUCCGUUGUUAAUACAGCAUAUUGAGGCCGAGGAGCAGUCACUGUCACCGCAGUAUAAAGUAUUAGACUCACCGCCGAGUCCGGAGUCAAGGUCAUCGUUAAAACGAGACUACUCGGACAGCACUUCCGUUUCCCCAUCUUCAUCACCUGACCGUGAACUGUAUCCCUUCCCAUCCCCAGUUACUCCCCCUGACUCGGACUCUUCCCCGCCAAAACCACACUCUCCUUCCUCUCCAGGAACUGAUAAUUUUGAUGAAGACGGCGAUUUAAGAGAAAGGACAUCGUCUGCUGAAGCGAUUUAUGAGUGUAUAUUUCCUGUGCCUGCUGGAAAAACGGACAACACAGGAAAGGUCACCCCAGGAAAAGGAAGAAAAAAGUCUGACCAGUCUGCAGUAGAUGGAAAGAAGGUAAGACGAAAGUUGCCUCCCCUUCCACCGGAAGAAGCGUCCGCCACCCCUCCGCCUAUACCACCCAAACCAAAAUCGUACAGCUCAGCGCGCCGGAACUCUGCAAGACAGAGGUCUGGAUAUAUCACGCCCUCCUCGACCAGUGAUGAAUCGAUGAACGAAGAGGAUUUUGAGGUAGCCAUGCUUACCAAACAGCGUCGUAUGAAUGAUUUAGACAAGCCUUCCUUGGACCGAUGGAAUGGGAAUUAUCUUCCACCAGAUAUGGAUGAUUCAAAAGUGAAAAAGAAUGUGAAACAAAUGUAUAAUGAGGAUGUUAAAGCUAACAUCCCUCCCGAUGUGUCCGUGGAGAUUGACAGAGCAAUGGACCAGUAUAACAGAGAAAAGGACGAGACGGAUCAGAUAAUUGAUUCCAUGAUUACAAUAUACGGUGUACCAAUAACACAAGCCAUGAAGUCGCUGAAGAAACGACUGCAGGAAGAGUUAAGGCGAGCAACAGAAGGUCGAAGGCAAAGGAUAGAAGAAAUCGAGGAAAUUCGUGCGUUACAAGCUCAGAUAUGUGAAUUAAAGUUAAGUCAGGACUAUGCUAAAGUGCAAGCCAAACGAAAUGCUCAAAAGCAGGCAGCUGGCAAAUCUGCUGGACCUGGCAAUAAAAAGCGUGGAUCCGCUCCCAUGGCUGCUCCGAGAUCCUCACCACAAGUCAUGCCCCGGAGAUCUCGACACAAGAGACAGUCUAGUGAUCCAAUGAUCUCAAAGUUCUCACCCAUUAAAGAGGAUAAAGACAUUGAAGCUGACUUUCAAUUAAAAACCCACAAGACAAACGAGGAAGCUUCCCAGAAAUAUAUCACAGAUGACAGUUCACAAUCUGGUUUGUCUGAUAAUGAGAGCAUUCGUUCAGAACCCGCUUUUAAUUCUAGAAAUAAGAAAACUAAACCUUCUGCAUACACUGAUAUGUUCUAUAAUCAGAACAACCCAGCGCGAAAACCAAAUAUCGAACCUUCCUCUUCUUUGCCAUCCUUGCCACCUAAGUGUCAUUCCGACACUAAUUUACCAGAGAAAGCCAAAUCAAAGAGCGCUAUGUACGUGUCAGACGACGAUGAAUCAAGGGCCAGAGAAGACAGAAAGCAAAAAUUACAACAAGAAAUCGAAAAACGUAAAAAGAAACUGGAAGAGACCACUAAAUUGAAAACUGAGCUAUUCAAUUUAACAAGAUCUGGGCAGGUUAUGGCUCACAGCUAUGACGACAUUCCCAAAAAAUCGAGUCGAACCUACCCUUCAUCUCGUCCUAUUCCUACUGGUAUCAUAAAACCCAUCGAAGACGAUGACGACUUCGACGAUGGUUCCGAUGAUAACGAAUUUGUCACUAGAAGCCACCAGGAGAUUAACAAGGCCAGUGUGGUGGAGUCUAGUGAAGCUAACUAUAGUUCUUCCGAAUAUCUUGCUCACAAGCAAGAAUCGGUCAGGCGUAGUAGACUAGAGGAUGUUACCUCCUAUUCAAGCCCCUAUUUAUUCACAGGAAAUAUCAAUGACCCGCGCGUAUCCAAAACAACCAAACAGAAGGUAGACUUUUACCUUGACCCUGCCUCUAGGGACGCUGUGAUAACGAGUAGUGUGACCUUGCCUGACCUCCACUCGAGACGGGCCGACAUGGAGUACCCUCCUCCCAAGGACUACGGCGCCAUGUCAGACACAGAGACCAGUCCACCUAGCGACUCUACCCCAGCUAUGCCCCUCCUUGAUGACGUCAAAGAACGAUCCCGGCAGAUUAUCCAUGGCAUUGGGACCGGAAGUCGACCGGUGUCCGCAGAGUUCAACUUCUCUGGGGGAGUAGAAGACCUGAUGAAUGGGAUGCACCGCGUGGAGAGUGACAACAGUGUGGACGCGGAUGAACCAAUCAUGAAGCACAUGAUGGAGGGUGGGGUGACCAUCCUAAAACAGCUAGAACGCAAGAAACAGCCUCCCCCUCCCCAGCCAAAGGUGUAUGAUUUCCCCAUAAAGAGGAUUCUGUUGACAAGAGACCCUAAAGAUCGGUCAAUUAAAGCCGGGAACGGGCUGGGGAUGAAAAUCGUCGGUGGUCGAACUAUACCAGGAACAAAAACCGUAGGUGCCUAUGUAGCCGCCAUUUACCAAGGGGGUGUGGCCGAGCAGCUGUUAGGAGAACUACAAGAGGGUGAUCAAAUAUUGGAAUGGAACGGGAUCGAUCUCUCGGACAAGACUUAUGAAGAAGUCCAGACAAUUAUAUGUCAGCCUAAUGGAGAGAUCGAGCUGGUAGUGCGCCCAGCUCCCCAUAGAGCAGGAAGAUCUAAAACAGAGGAGAGUUAUGGUUCUUCCUAUGAUAACUUCGAGUUCGUCUCUGAUGACGUCUAUGAGAAAUGCGUCAAGUCCAACCUUGGAGUGGACCCCGGUCAGCUUGCAGCACAGUUGGCGGGAAUUAACGACACAGAGUCCCCCAACGCCUCUCAGUCGUCCUCCCAGCACGAGUACUUCACCCCCAGCGUGUCCUCCCAGUGUAGCUCUCCACGGUCAGACCCUGCCUCCGUGUCCUCGGACAGACAGCGGGGUAACAGCUCGGACGACCGCUCACAGAGAACCAGUUUAGACGAUAGACAGACGACAAGAGCAAAUGUUGAUGAAAAGACCGCAAGAAACCAUACUCAGGACAGGCAUCAGAGAUCGAGCUUAGAUGAGAGGUCUCAGCGGUCCGCGUCGGACGAUAGACCACAGAGAUGUAGUUUAGAUGAGAGGUCGUCUCGGUCAACUUACAAUGGCAGGUCGCAAAGAACCAGUUUAGAGAGCAAAUCGCAGAGGACUAGUUUAGAAAGGUCACCAAGGCCGUCGCCACGACCGUCGCCAAGGCCGAGUGUGGAGGAGAAGCGGAAACAGGUGGCGACCCCUGACGACAGACAUCAGUCACGUGUCCUAGAGAAGUCCGACUCUGUGGACAAAGUUGACAAGUCUACACAGCAAGAAGACAAAUACUGGGGAGAUAUACAGCUGCAGCUGGGCCAUGAUGAGCACGAGAGUAACCUACACAUACACGUGAUACAGGCGAGGAACCUGAAACCUAAGGACAUCAACGGCCUGUCCGAUCCCUUUGUCAAGAUUUACUUGCUGCCAGGAAGGUGUUCCGAGAACAAGAGGCGAACGAAGCACAUUUCACGGACACUGAACCCAGAGUGGCAUCAGACCGUGACUUUCCAGAACAUCCACCACGAGGAGGUCAAGUACAAGACCCUGGAGAUCACCGUUUGGGACUACGACAGGUUCAAGGCCAACGACUUCCUAGGGGAGGUCGUCAUCGACCUGGCCGUUGAAGGGUUUCUGAAUGACGAACCUCAUUGGUACCCUUUACAAGACCACGACCCGACAAGAGGGGUGGAGCUUCCAAAGCCAACCGUGCUGCCACCGUCCGGCAAAACUAACGACAUUCGGAAGAACUUCGCUUCACAAAGCGUCUAUAGGACCUCUCGGGAUUCGCCCAAUAUGCAACGACGAAAGAAGGAAAAACCAGACAAUAUGGGGCGAAGACGGCGGUCCCUAGGGAACUUGUCUGAUGUAGACCGUUCUUCUACUUCUGACUCCUUGGAAACUUCCUCUACUCGCUCGACACCUCUUCUACGUCGCAAACCACGUGAUUUGCAAGUUCAGUGUUCUGCGCAUGCACCUGGUAAUGUAACCCAUUGUUUCAGUGGUUUGUCGCACAUCCUGUCUCUAGCACGACACUUCCUGUCUCCCUGUUCCCCGAAGAGAAAACCUCCUUCCGGUGCACGUUCAUUUCGGCGGUUCUUUCAUAAGAAAAAAAAUGACAGCAGGAGUAUGACAACCUACUGGCACUAUCAAAGUUUUGAUUGACCAGAGUGUUCAUCUAGGUAUAAAGGUCUUUUUCCAAAGCAACCUGUGAUAUGAACUUCAUCAGAAUUGUUUUCAAAUGUAAACGGUGAUAUGUAUAUUUGACGAUCUGUGGCUUUUGCUUGGAAGUCAACAAAAGUCUUACUAAAUGAUAUAGAUUGUUUAAAAAAAUCUUUUCAUUUGAGUAUUGUUCUUCAUUGAAUCGGCAGUGAAAACAAUUUCAUUAUCGUCUGAUUUUGUCACAGUUUGUAUCACAGUUCAUUAUUUAAUGCAUAUACACUGGAUAGUAGAAUAUAAAAAUAUACUUUCGAUUAGAAUUAAUUGAUUGUAGAUAUUUUACUUUAAUUAGUAUAUAUAUAUAUUCCAUAUUUCUUUUCAAAGAACAUGUUUCAUGAUAUGGUGACAUUCUGUUAAAAUUAAGUGAAUUCAAAUUUCUUUUGACAUUGGUGCAAUUUUUUAUAUGUUAUACAGUGUAGAUAAUGUAGCUAAGAUAUAUCAUACCAUUUAUUUUACAUUUUUACUUGGUGUUGAUAUUGCGACAGAUGAAAUAAUGAUUAAUUUUACCAACAAUAUUCUUUAAUGAUACAAAGGUUGUUGGCUGGGAAACAAACCCAAGAAUUCCAUUUUUACUCACAAAAUACCCAUCCCAUCUAUCAUCAUUUUUUUAUAUGAAAAAAAAAAUAAAGUAAGUUAAAAAAAAAUAAAAUGAGUUUUUGUAUAGACGACAUAUUCACCCAACUCCACUGUAAUCCAUCUUCAUUAUUGGUCGUUAAUUGUGACUCUAUUUUAAGUUAUUUUAAAGUGUUUUACUGUUAAUAUAUAUGUAUGAAGUACACUUGUUUACUGUAUGAACAUAUAUAAUAUGCUCUGUAAUUGUUGAAUUUUCGUGAAUGUGAUUUUUCGUAUGAAUUCCAGUUUAUAAUAAUUAUUAUUUUGUACUACGUUGGAAGUGAGAUAGGAAGAGAGGAAGCGUUAUGGUUUUGAAGGCAAUAAAAUAAACCCUUUUUCAAAAGUC